AUGGCAAAUAUGCAUGCGAGCCUCGACAUCUGUAUAAAAACCCUUUCGGAAAAAGAGCACCACGUGUUUCGGCGGGCAUUGUGGUCUCAUCCUGACAAAGAAACCGACAAGCUGGCGUCGUGGCUACUAUCCCGUCUUCUUUACAAAUCCCUAGACGAGGGAGAGGGAAACGAGGUUUCAUCUCCACAAGUGAUUGAUCUCCCACCCAUUUCCACCUAUUUACCUGAGGAGCACAAUAUCGAAAGGCCAGAGUUGCGUUCACUAUUGCACAAUUCUCAAGCGAUGGGAAGUCUGGAAAAGCUCAUCAGCGAAUCGUACAAGUUCAUCCGGAUGGCCGAUGAUCUUCACGAUGUUGCCACCUAUCUUGCCGAUAUGCGACUAUGCUUCAUUUUGGUAACUGCCACUGGUUACCUCCUUCUUUUCGUCUACCUAAUCAUGCUUUGUAUUCGACGCAACAGGCGAGCACAACCUCGCCGCCGAAAUUGGGACUAUCAGUUAGAAAACCAACGUGAGUUCAACAAUGCUGGACCACAAACGACCGAAGACUUAGUUGGAGUUCGCAGCGACGGCAAUGCCAGCUAUAUGGGAAGAAAUCACCAUGGAAGAGGCCUCACCAACACGGCUCCAUCGUUCAUGAGGCACGGUCACAUCAAUCAUCAACAAACGACUCGGCUAAUGGCUGACCAGGAUGGUUCGGUAGUAAAACAUCAGAUACCGCACAUAACGACGGAGCCUCCGACGGAAGAGAACAAGGCGAAAGUGCCGCAAUUGGUGAAGGAUUCCAUUGAGUCCUGAUCUCUCUCCCUCAUUCUCUCCACAUAUGAUGUUUUUUCUUCUCUCAAAAAUCAUAUGUUAUCAUGUACGUAUCAAUGACUGAACAUGCCAUUUAUAUACACGUUUAUUAGACAUGACGGUGCGAUGUGAACUCUUUCACGAAUAUUUAUUGUCCCAGUGUUAGUUGAAUUAGCAUAUCUCUUUGUAUUAAUUGCGACUGAAACGGGUUUCGAAGUUGAGGUGUAAAUUUUUUUCUUGUGCAUAAGUCUAUCUUCUGACAUUCAUGCAUAAACAGAAACUGGUAGAACAUCGGCGCUCUCGAAUUAUUUUCUCUGGGAAAUUAAGUAUUAUUCAUUGUUGUGCGAUUUCGAAAACAUGUAUUUUGAAGAAUAUUCUAUUCCCAUUGUGUGUUGUGUCAUACAUUUUGAUUUUUGUUUAGAGCCAGCUUCCGUCCUCAUCUAAGCCGAUUGUAUGUGCCUUUGCAGUUGAAAAAUGUCCCCUUGGAUUCGCAUACUUUCAUCAUAAUCACUGUUCCCACUACACAGUUGUCAUUCAAAAAAGUUCCAUUUAGCAAUAGCUUCUUUUCCAUUGCUACUUCUGCAUUAUGAAGAAGUAAAUUUUGAGCCUCUAUGUUCUUCAGUUG